UGCAAAGGCUACAAAACUCGAGUAUUGUCGUCUCCGUCCCUAAUCUAACCAGGCACAGGCUCAGUCUCCUGCUGGUAGCAGUUGCCUUGCCCUUCCCUUUUGUUUCACACCGUCGUCGUCAAGCUGCAGGUUUUUCUGAGCUAGAGAUUGUCUCCCAUGCUCAGGCGGCCGGAGUUGUUGCGCCAUGGCAACCGCUCUUGAGAUGCUCGUGCAGCUCGUCGUUGUUGUCACGGUGUUAUUCGCUGCCGUUGGCGCGUAUACCCCGGUGGACAAUUACCUCUUCCUCUGCGGCACGUCCGGGAACACCGCCGUCGGUGGCCGGACGUUCGUCGGGGAUGCUGGUUUACCCGCCUCGGUGCUGACGGCGCCCCAGAGCGUCGCGGCCAACACGUCGGCGAGCCAGGUCACCGGCGCCGCCGGAGACGACGCGCCAGAGCUGUACCAAUCGGCGCGCGUGUUCACGGCGCCGGCCACCUACACGCUCGGGGUCAAGCCUGGGCGGCACUUCGUCCGCCUCCGCUUCUUCCCCUUCCGGUACCAGUCGUACGACCUCGCCGCGGACGCGGCGUUCAGGGUGUCCGUGCAGGGCGUGGUGUUCGUCGACGGGUACACCCCCAAGAACGGCACGGCCGUGGUCAGGGAGUUCUCCGUGAACGUCGCCGGCCGCGCGCUGUCGAUCACGUUCACGCCGACGGGCAAGCUGGCGUUCGUCAACGCCAUCGAGGUGGUGUCACAUCCCGAUGAGCUCAUCGCCGACACGGCGAGUAUGGUGAGCCCGCCGACACAUUACACCGGGCUGUCGACGCAGGCGCUGGAGACGGUGCACCGGAUCAACAUGGGAGAACCCAAGGUCACGCCGAACAACGACACGCUAUGGAGGACAUGGCUGCCGGACCAGAGCUUCCAGGUCGAGAGCAACUUCUCGGCGCACAAGCAGGUGCCGCCGUCGAUGAUAACGUACAAAGACGGCUCGGCGACCUCGCUGACGGCGCCGGCGGCGGUGUACGCCACGGCUACCGAGCUGAACACGACGGAGGCGAUGGUCAGCAACGCGCAGGCGCAGUUCAACCUGACGUGGCAGUUCGACGCACCGGCCGGGUCUGGGUACCUGAUCCGGCUCCACUUCUGCGACAUCGUCAGCAAGGCGACGCUCGGGUUGGCGUUCAACGUCUACGUCGGCCCAUGGCUGGUGCUCCAGGACUACGAGUCUUCCGGCGAUACGUUCAACCUUCUGGCAACGCCGCUGUACAAGGACUUCGUCCUGGCCGGGAAGGAUGCGGCGAAGGGUAGGAUCACGGUGAGCAUUGGAUCCUCGACGGCGGCCAACUCGUUGCCUGGCGGCUUCCUGAACGGCCUCGAGAUCAUGAGGAUGAUCGGGAGCACCGGCUCCAGCGACGGCGGCGCCACGUCGCCGCGCGGUUCAAAGAUCAAGACCGGGAUCAUCGCCGGGUCGGCCGUGGGCGGGGCGACGCUGGCGAUGGCUCUCGGGUUCGUCGCCGUCAGGGUGCUGCGGAGGAAGAAGAAGCCGGUGAAGCAGCCGUCGAACACCUGGAAGCCGUUAUCGGCGAGCGCGCUAGGAGGCCGCUCCCGCACCAGCUUCGGCAAGAGCAGCGUCAACGUCGUGACGCUCGGGCAGAACUGCGACGCCGCCGCCAGCGUCGGGUACCGGUUCCACUUCGCGGCGCUGCGGGAGGCGACGGGCGGGUUCGAGGAGGGCAUGGUGAUCGGCGUGGGCGGGUUCGGGAAGGUGUACAGGGGCACGCUGCGCGACGGCACGCAGGUGGCCGUGAAGCGCGGGAACCGGCUGUCGCAGCAGGGGAUCAACGAGUUCCGCACGGAGAUCGAGCUGCUGUCCCAGCUGCGCCACCGCCACCUCGUCUCGCUCAUCGGCUACUGCGACGAGCGCGGCGAGAUGAUCCUGGUGUACGAGUACAUGGCGAGGGGCACGCUCCGGAGCCACCUCUACGGCUCCGACCUGCCGCCGCUGCCGUGGAAGCAGAGGCUGGAGGCGUGCAUCGGGGCGGCGAGGGGGCUGCACUACCUGCACACCGGCUCCGCCAAGGCGAUCAUCCACCGGGACGUCAAGUCGGCGAACAUCCUCCUCGACGGCGGGUUCAUGGCCAAGGUCGCCGACUUCGGGCUGUCCAAGACCGGGCCGGAGCUGGACAAGACGCACGUCAGCACCGCCGUCAAGGGCAGCUUCGGGUACCUCGACCCGGAGUACUUCCGGCGGCAGAUGCUGACGGAGAAGUCCGACGUCUACUCCUUCGGCGUCGUCCUGCUCGAGGUGCUCUGCGCCCGCGCCGUCAUCGACCCCACGCUGCCGAGGGAGAUGGUGAACCUGGCGGAGUGGGCGACGCAGCGGCUGAGGGACGGCGAGCUCGACCAGAUCGUCGACCAGAGCAUCGCCGCCACGAUACGGCCGGACUCGCUCAAGAAGUUCGCCGACACCGCCGAGAAGUGCCUCGCGGAGUACGGCGUGGAGAGGCCGACCAUGGGCGACGUGCUCUGGUGCCUCGAGUACGCGCUGCAGCUGCAGCUGCAGGUAGCAUCGCCGGACAGCUCGGACAGCAGCUUCGGGGUUGCAUCCCAGGUCCAGCGCAGCUCGUCGAUCUCGAGCGUCGUGACAGACGCCUCCACCAUGAGCGCUAGCCUGGGGGACCUCGACGGCAUGUCCAUGAAGAGAGUAUUCUCAAGGAUGAUCAAGAGCGAGGAAGAGGGUAGAUGAAGGAUUGAAGCAAAAAAUAUUCUAGUAUAUCUCAAUUUUGAUCUUACAUGCAUGUAAAUUUCAGCAGAACAAUGUACAUUUUCCAUGUAGAAGAUACAGCAAACUGUAUGAAGG